AUGACCGCUGCACAAAGACUUCUCAUCACUAUGUCUUGUGAAGCCACCAUUCACUGGACAUUGACUGUUUUUAUUCUCUUGGGUUUUCUAGCUGGGAUUGCUUCAACACACCCAGUUGUAAGCAGAACUAAUGGAACAUUGCUGGAAAGAGGAUGGCAAUCUCUGUUAUCCAGAUCCAUUUCUGAGAUGUCAGGGGAGAAGUCAAAUGUGAACUGGGAGAAUGACUAUUUGCUAGGAAUCAAGAGGCAGCGGAGGCUUUACUGCAACGUGGGCAUCGGGUUUCAUCUUCAAAUCCUCCCAGAUGGAAGGAUAAAUGGAGUUCACAAUGAAAACCAAUACAGCCUCUUUGAAAUAUCUACUGUAGAAAGAGGUGUUGUAAGCCUGUUUGGUGUGGAAAGUGCUCUCUUCAUUGGAAUGAACAAGGGGAAGCUGUAUGGAACUGCUGCUUUCCAUGAUGAGUGCAAAUUCAAAGAAACCUUGCUGCCCAACAACUACAAUGCAUAUGAAUCAAAUGCUUACCAUGGUGCUUAUAUAGCACUCAGCAAACAUGGCAGAGUGAAGAAGGGAAAGAAGUUUCUCCUGCUAUGA